GGAAUGACAAUGUAUAUUCAAAACGCACAAAAAUAUGCCCUUUUGAAAGAGGUACGACCAUAAAAGCUGCUACAAAUGGUGACAUAGAAACAUUAAAACUAGCUCACGAAAGAGGAUCAGAAGCUGCUGCAAAAUAUGGGAAUUUAGAAAUUUUAAAAUAUGUUCAUGAAAAUGGAUGUAAAUGGGAUGAAAAUACAACUAGAGCCUCUGCAGAAAGUGGAUGUUUAGAAUGCUUAAAAUAUGCUCAUAAGAAUGGAUGCAAGUGGGAUGUGGGCACAACUACUGGUGCUGCUAUGAAAGCUGCUGCUGCUAAAGGACAUUUAGAAUGUCUAAAAUAUGCUCAUGAAAAUGGAUGUAAAUGGAAUGAAUUAACAACAAGAGAAGCCGCAAAAAGAGAUGAAACAACAACAACAGAAGCUGCAAAAAGUGGUAGUUUGGAAUGUUUAGUUUAUGCUCACAUAAAUGGAUGUAAAUGGGAUGUGGGCACAACUACUGGUGCUGCUAUGAAAGCUGCUGCUGCUAAAGGACAUUUAGAAUGUCUAAAAUAUGCUCAUGAAAAUGGAUGUAAAUGGAAUGAAUUAACAACAAGAGAAGCCGCAAAAAGAGAUGAAACAACAACAACAGAAGCUGCAAAAAGUGGUAGUUUGGAAUGUUUAGUUUAUGCUCACAUAAAUGGAUGUAAAUGGGAUGUGGGCACAACUACUGGUGCUGCUAUGAAAGCUGCUGCUGCUAAAGGACAUUUAGAAUGUCUAAAAUAUGCUCAUGAAAAUGGAUGUAAAUGGGAUGAAAAUACAACUAGAGCUUCUGCAGAAAGUGGAUGUUUAGAUUGUUUAAAAUAUGCUCAUAAGAAUGGAUGCAAGUGGGAUGUGGGCACAACUAUUGGUGCGCCCAUGAAUGCAGAAGCAGCGGCAAAAUAUGGUAAUUUAGAAAACUUAAAAUAUGUUCAUUUAAAUGGGUGUAAAUGGAAUCAUAAAACAACAAAUGCUGCUGCAGAAAAUGAACAUUUAGAUUGCUUAAAAUACGCUCAUGAAAAUAGAUGUGAAUUGGAUGAAAAUAUAAAGGAACUAGCUGCUUUUAACGGUGAUUUAGAAAUUUUAAAAUACGCUUAUCAAAAUGGAUGCACUUGGUCAGAAGGCACAACUAGUUCUGCUGCUUACAAUGGUCAUUUAGAUUGUUUAAUAUAUGCCCAUGUGAAUGGAUGCCAAUGGGAUGAUGGCACAACUAAAGUUGCAGCUUUAAAUGGUAAUUUUGAUUGUUUAAUAUAUGCUCACAAGAAUGGAUGCUAUUGGGAUGUUGGAACAACUAGAGCUGCUGCAGCAUGUGGUUGUUUCGAUUGUUUAAAAUAUGCUCAUGAAAGUGGAUGUAAUUGGGAUAUAGAUACAAUAGUUACAGCUGCUGUUCAUGGUAAUUUAUAUUGCUUAAAAUAUGCUUUUGAACUUGGAUAUGAUUGGGUGAGAGGUAUUACGAGAGGGACUGCUGCAAAUGGACGUUUAGAGUGCUUGAAAUAUGCUCAUGAAAAUGGUUGUGAAUGGGAUGAAGGCACAACAAGGGAGGCUGCUGCAAGUGGUUGUAUUGACUGUUUGAUAUUUGCUAAUGAAAAUGGAUAUCUAUGGGAUGUAGGGACAAAGAGUGCCGCUGCUGCAAAUGGUCAUAUAGAUUGCCUAAAAUAUGUUCAUGAAAAUGGAUGUGAGUGGGACGAAAGUACUACAAGACUUGCUGCUGCAAAUUAUCAAUUUGAUUGUAUAAUAUACGCACAUGAAAAUAAUUGCCCGUGGAGUAGAAAUACCAUUCAUGAAGCUAUUCAAAAUAAUUAUAUUGAUAUAAUUUUGUAUGCUAUAGCAAAUGGUUGUCCUAAUUAA